GGGGGGGGGGGGGAGAUGGGGAGGUACUCCUUCCCCAGGCUCUUUAGAGAGACUGUUCAAAUCCCGUGCCCCCCACCCUCAGCCUGGUGGAAGGCAUGUAGACAAAAGUCUGAAACAGCAAGGCCAGGCUGUAAGCUGGUGGGAGUUACUCCUCUCUCAACACUGGUGUUGCCAGUGGGUUCCGCCUAGUUCUUGGACAGAUGGGUUGUCGACUGGCUUUGGGAAAAGGUGGUCUUCCGGUGGAGCAUGAGAUCGGGAAGCAAGGUCAAAUACAGCCAUUUGGAGGCUGAGAUGUGGUGGAGUCUUAGGCUUUGCCCAUCGUGACGGCCUAUCUUCAUAUUUGGAAUUGUUACCCUGAAAGAGUUUUUCAGGGCCGUUUCCGGCACCCCAAAGAGAGCCCAGUGCCCAGGGAAUCCUUCACACCUUCUGUGUGGCUUCUUUGUACCGUCAGGCGGUGGUUACCCUUGCUGGGCCUAGUGGUUAUGGCUCAGGUCCUUUCCUGGUUGGGGGACGGCCUGUUGUCCUGACAGACGUUGACAGGAACCAAGCCUGAAUAGAAGCUUCUGUCCUGAGUCCCCUGUCCCCCUCUCCGAGGUCCUGCCGUGGACUCUGCUGCUUCAGGCCCCACUCCUUAUCCUUUCUUUCCCCCAACAUUCUUAAGGCCUCUUUUGUGUUUGAGAUCCGAGCAAUAACCCCACUUCCUGAUUUCCUUGAAGUUUCAGCCCCAGGGAAUGGCGGACUUCCCUCCACCUGGGGGGGGUGGCACACAGCUCCCCUCCCCUCCUGGCAGGUCAUAUUCACAGUGUGGUGUCACCCGAGAUGAAGGAGAUGCAGGUAAACAGUAGCCACGGUGGCCGGGAACCCUGAGAGAAGCCAUUAUCACCCUCUUCUGAGGAGGACCUGCCUGUGCCCUUCCUCACAGCACACGCUGGCUCCUCCCCCAGCAAGAGGCUCACAGAGAUUCUUCAAGGCCUUGGUUCCAUAAUCAAGACAGGCCUGGGUUAGAAAUGGCCCUUUCACUCCCGUUUCUCAGACUGAUCCUUCCAUCUCUCUCUCUCUCUCCUCCCCCGUCUUUGUUCUUAUUUGGCUCUUAGGCAAGCAGAACUAUCCCAACCAAGGGAGCUGUCUUUAGUCAGCCUGAUCAGGCAACAGGGCAGCUGCCAACCCUACUGCCCGAUCCAUCAUCUGGAGACAGUCGUGUUCCGAGCAAUUGACCCAGAGAGAAUGGGAUGGGGCCUGGCUCUUCACUCGGGGGCACAGACCACCUGGAGGCCUGCGGCUUCUCCCGCUGACUCUGGUCAGAGGCCUGAGCUCUCCCGUGGCCUCCAGGUGGUGUGGUGAUCCCGGCCUCACAGAGCCUUUUUCCCUUCCUCACCCAGUUCCACCCACCAGAGUUUAGGCCCGCACUGGGGCAUCUCCUGGGCACAUCUCCACACACUUUGAGCCGUCUCACCCGGGGAGAGUUAGUGUCCUGCCCGCCUGAACUCGGCAUGUUGGUCGAUCACUUCGCUUUAGGACCUGCACACCUGGUGUGUGCGAGUGUGUGUACUGUUGGUGCCAUCCGUGUACCCUCUCGCUCCCUGGAGUAGUACACUCACGGGCACACUACAGUGGGGACAUGGAGGAUGCAAUAUUUAUGGAUUGCUGCAUGAUUCUUAAAAACGAAUAAAACUGUUUACAAGGGAAGGAGAGCUGUUAAUUGUGCCCUUGGCUUAUUUGUGAAAGACUUUGUCCAGCACUCAAAUAUUUUUACUCAAGAGAAUCUGGAAGUGGAGCAGUGGGAGAGGGCGAGGGGUAGGGAAAGACAUGCUCCGGGGUGGGAGGUGGGAGUUGACGUGCCACCCGGUGCGCACAGGCUUCCCACCUCUGCCCUCCUGCUUCUGGGCAGAGGCCUGAGUAAGGAGCCCUCGCCUCGCCUCACCCUCGCGCUUAAACCGAACUGCCACCCCUGCAGCUCCUCAGUAAUUGAAGAGCAGGAAAGCUGGUGGCAGGAGGGAGGCCAGGAGAACGGAUGAGGAAGCCCCUGGUGUCACCCCACUCCUAAAUGACCCUGCGAGGAGAAUUCGGCGAGUCCGUGGCUUCUCUGAGUUUCACUCACCGGCUCCGUUUCCUCAGCUAUCUGAAAAGGAGGGAGAGCCCUUCCGCAGAAGCCUCUGGAAAGUACCACAUUCGUAUUCGGAGGAGGCGACCCCCUGGUCGCGGGAUGGAAGCGCGCGUCUGGGAGGCCCUGUAACCGGAGCCGCGGGAGUCAGCGGGCUAGAGAGCGCGGCGGGCUACCCCCGGCUCAGCCCGUGGAUGUUGACCGCCCCCUCGGAGAGUCCCCGCAGACAUGGCGGAGAGCUGGCUACGCCUCUCGGGUGCAGGGGCGGCGGAGGAGGCCGGGCCGGAGGGCGGCCUGGAGGAGCCCGACUCCCUGGAUGACAGCCUGACCAGCCUGCAGUGGCUGCAGGAAUUCUCCAUUCUCAACGCCAAGGCCCCCGCCCUGCCUCCGGGGGGCACCGACCCCCACGGCUACCACCAUGUGCCAGGCUCGGCCGCGCCUGGGUCCCCCCUGGCGGCCGAUCCCGCCUGCCUGGGGCAGCCGCACACUCCGGGUAAGCCCACGUCGUCGUGCACAUCGCGGAGCGCGCCCCCGGGGUUGCAGGCCCCGCCCCCCGACGACGUCGACUACGCCACUAACCCGAAUGUGAAGCCGCCUUACUCUUACGCCACGCUCAUCUGCAUGGCCAUGCAGGCCAGCAAGGCCACCAAGAUCACCCUGUCGGCCAUCUACAAGUGGAUCACGGACAACUUCUGCUACUUCCGCCACGCCGAUCCCACCUGGCAGAAUUCCAUCCGCCACAACCUGUCGCUGAACAAAUGCUUCAUCAAAGUGCCUCGGGAGAAGGACGAGCCAGGCAAGGGGGGCUUCUGGCGCAUCGACCCCCAGUACGCCGAGCGGCUGCUGAGCGGGGCCUUCAAGAAGCGGCGGCUGCCCCCGGUCCACAUCCACCCGGCCUUUGCCCGCCAGGCCUCACAGGAGCCCAGCGCCGCCCCGUGGGCCGGGCCGCUGACCGUCAACACUGAGGCCCAGCAGCUGCUGCGGGAGUUCGAGGAGGCCACCGGGGAGGCGGGCUGGGGUGCGGGCGAGGGCAGGCUCGGCCAUAAGCGCAAACAGCCGCUGCCCAAACGGGUGGCCAAGGUCCCGCGGGCCCCCAGCAGCCUGCUGCUGACGCAGGAGGAGCAAGGCGAGCUGGAGCCCCUCAAGGGCAACUUUGACUGGGAGGCUAUCUUCGAGGCCGGCACUCUGGGCGGCGAGCUGGGCACGCUGGAGGCCCUGGAGCUGAGCCCGCCGCUGAGCCCCGCCUCGCACGGGGACGUGGACCUCACCGUCCACGGCCGCCACAUCGACUGCCCCGCCACCUGGGGGCCUCCGGGGGAGCAGGCUGCCGACAGCCUGGACUUCGAUGAGACCUUCCUGGCCACGUCCUUCCUGCAGCACCCCUGGGACGAGAGCGGCAGUGGCUGCCUGCCCCCGGAGCCCCUCUUCGAGGCCGGGGACGCCACCCUGGCUGCCGACCUGCAGGACUGGGCCAGUGUGGGCGCCUUCUUGUAAGAGGCCGGGCGCCACCCCACCUCCGGACAGUGCCCGAGUCAGGGCCCAGACUGCCCCCCAGCACAGGCCCCUGGACACCCUGUCACCCAGGCAGGGGCUGGGCCAGGUCUCCCGAGGCUGGCCCCACGAGGCCUCACGGCCCCCAGCCCAGGCUGCCCUCAGAUUCCAGCCCAGGAGGCUGAGAACGGGGGCCCAGGUCCAGAACGGCUGCCUCCCCGGCCCCCCCACCCCAUACACACAGUGUUUCACCGAUCCUCCUCUCGCCAGCCCCGGGCCCUGCACUGUGGGAGCUGCACCUGGAGCGGCCCUGGCCAAGCUGGCGAGCAACAGUACAGGGCCCGCCCCAGGGCACCUCAGCUUCGACGCCUCUCCCUCUCCCGCGGUCCUCCCCAGGUCUCUAUCCAGAGAAAGUUCCCAGGUACAACAAAUGCUAAUUAGGUGACAGCAAAUUAACCCCCUGGGGGCCUCUCCCAGCAAAGCCUCCC